AUGAAGGCUUUGCUGCUGUUGGUCUUGCCUUGGCUCAGUCCGGCCAACUACACAGACAAUGUGGGCAAUCUUCAUAUCCUCUACUCUGAGCUAUGUAAAGGAGCUUCACACUAUGGCCUAUCAGCUGAAAGAAAGCGGCGCUCUCAGGAAGACGACUGUAUUGACAGCACAUCAGAACUUGCUCUGGCAACCAUGCCCGGUGAAGGCCCUGCCUCCAGCGCUGUGGCCCUCCUAUCAGACGAGUCUGGCCUGGUUAACCCCGCCUAUGAGCCGGGCAUGGAGGACAUCAGUCAGUCAGGAAGCACCACCAGCUUGGCAGGACGCUGCAACUCCAAGAAGCUUCGUAACUUUGACCGUUCGUCAGUGAGGAGUCGCUCGUUUCGCCGUCUGAACCGGGCCUUCAGCGUGCUCAGAAGGACUAAGAGCGGCACGGCCGUGGCCCAUGACAGCACAGAGGAGAGAGACAACCUCAGAAAUGCCAAUAUACCACAAGAGGUGUUUGCUUUGCCUCAGCUCCAUCACCUCAUCCCAGACGGUGAAGUCACCACAGUUAAAAUCACACGCUCCGACCCCUGUGAGCCACUGGCCAUCAGCAUCGUAGGGGGUAAUGAGACGCCGCUUGUGCGCGUCCUCAUCCAGGACAUCUACAGAGAGGGGGUCAUUGCCCGUGAUGGAAGACUGCUUCCUGGAGACAUGAUUCUUAAGGUAAAUGGCAUCGACAUCACCAACGUCCCACACUGCUACGCUCUCGCUGCUCUGAAGUGUCCCUGCACGCUGCUCAGACUGACCGUCCUGCGUGAGCAGCGUCAUCGGUAUCGCUCGCACCAUCAUCACCAUCACCACCACGUGCCUCAGCCCGGCGAGCUGCUAUACCAGGCCCCUGGUGUCACCGUGAGGGACGAUAGCCUGCAUGUGGUGCUGCUGAAGGGCACGCCCGAUGAACAGCUGGGCAUCAAGCUGGUACGCCGGCCCGAUGAGCAUGGCGUUUUCAUUUUUCACCUACUGGAGGGUGGCCUGGCAGCAAGGGACGGACGCUUGCAGGUCGACGAUCGUGUGCUUGCCAUCAAUGGGCACGAUCUGCGCUACGGAGCACCUGAGCAUGCAGCACUCCUCAUACAGGCAAGUGCGGAACGUGUGCACUUUAUUGUAUCCAGAAAGACUCACAUACCCGCCCCAGACAUUCUGCAAGAGGCACCGUGGAACAUGGAGGGACCACCUCCAUACUCAGCGGUGGACGUUGAGCAGUCAUUAGUGGACUCAUGCCAGAAGCUGGGCUGUUAUGAGAAGACGGUGACCCUCCCUAAAGAGCCGACCGAGUCUCUGGGCAUGACUGUGGCUGGAGGAAUGAACAGCCGAGGGUGGGACCUGCCCGUCUACAUCACCAACAUCGACCCCAAUGGCGUAGUGGCCCGUGAAGGCUCCAUCCGCAAAGGUGAUAUCCUGUUGAAUGUGAACGGUGUGGAACUGACUGGUGUGACUCGAGGCGAGGCUGUGGCUAACCUGAAGAACACCUCAUCACCGGUGGUACUACGCGUGCUAGAGAUGAGGCCGCCUGACAUGAGCUCUCUGGACUGCUUGCCUCCUAUGCUCGCGCCAUCCUCGCCAGGCGAUGUCAAAAUGCCCCUGCCCAGCGAUGACUACUCACCCCUCUGGGUAUCCUGGCUUCAACUGCCAAGGCACCUGUACAGCUGUAAAGACAUUGUGCUGCGAAGGAGCACAGCAGGGAGUCUGGGUUUCAGCAUUGUAGGAGGUCAGGAGGAGCUCAACUGUAACCAGUCCUUCUUCAUUCGCUCCAUCGUGGAGGGAACGCCCGCCUACAAUGACGGCAGAAUACGGUGUGGAGACAUCUUGCUGGAGGUGAAUGGGAAAAGCACAUGGGGGAUGACCCACACUGCACUGGUGCGCCUGCUGAAGGAACUGAGGGGGCGUAUUACUCUCACCAUCGUUUCCUGGCCAGGCAGCCUACUAUAGGCUCACACAGCAUGCCGGAGGUCGGGGCGUCACACAGUUCCCGCCCACAAUUAAUGGGCCUAUGGACAUGGACUUCCUCAGUAGGCAGUUCGUAUAAAAUGGACCAGCCCUUUAAAAAAAUAGGGCAGGGCACACUGGCCUCAACCCGUACGAGUGGCCGACAUGGACGUCUGCUAGAAUAGGCGUGGCCUUUAACAGAUUCUCUUCACAUGGGGACUAAGGGAAGCGAAGGUGCUAAAGUGGGCACUGAAAGGAAAGGUUAAAAGGUUAACCAGGUUUACAGCCUGAAAGACCGUGUGUCACUUCUUAUUUUCAUUGGCUGCUUGUGCACUUUGUACUUAGCCCCGCAUCUGCCUCGUAAUUUACACACAGGAAGUUCCUGCACCCGUCAUAUUUGAUGCUGGAGCUUUUGAGACCACAGAUACUGGGAGAUAACUGUCCAAAAGGGAUAAUAAUCACACAUGACGAGGACUCGUGUGAUAUUAUGUAUAUAACAAUUCUUUAUGGGCAAUGUGCAAAACAUGUUAAGUCGAUUUCAGGUGGAAGAGAAAAGACUUCUGAGAUAAUCAGAGAGUUUAGAGUUUGGGGAGGGACACAGUUGCCAACUCCAUUAGUUUCUAUGUUAGAACUUGCAUUUACACACAUUUCUUUACUGUAAACGUUGGUGUGUGUGUGGGGGGGAAAGAGAAGCUAAAUUCAAGCGCUUGUAUAUGGUGGCUGUUUCUUUCGUUUGUUUACUUCACUUUGUUCCUAUGGCCUUUUUCAAAUAUUGGCUUCGCUUCGUUCGUUCUGACAGUGAUGCGUUCACUCCAGCCGCUGACAUGGAGGCCCAUUUGCCAAGUAGUUUUUUGUCUGUAUCGCUAUGUUUCAGACACUGUUGCAAAGAAAAAAUAUCAGACAAGUAUUAUAAAAAAAACCCUGACUAAAUAAAGCUAUUUUAUAACUCUCGUAUGGAUAUAUAUGCUUAUAGUUAUGAGAAUUUGGCGGCCUUGCUAAUUUUGCUACUUUAGAGACAUCAGCUGAGGGAAUUCUGUCCGGGCGGCAAACUGCUGUGGAGGUGUUUUUGUACGUGGAGAUCAUCGUGGGAAGCUGUGUUGUAGUGUUUUAUGCUUUGGCUUGUGUAGCAUUCUGUAUCUGAUGAUACUUUUGGUUAAAUAAUCAAUAAAAUCAGUCUACAACAAA